AUGGCAGAUAGGCCUCCUGCGGUCCGUGUGCAAGUCGCGGAUCAAGCGCCCCAUGACUUCUACUUGCCGAGUUCGAUACCAGCGGCGGGCAAGACGUUGACUUCCAACACAACCUACAUUGAUCGGACGCAUUCCAAAACGCACGUCCAUUCAGCCUCCCUGUUUGACAUUGGCAUCCUGAAGGACACGUUGAUUCCAUCGCUCACCCUUCAUUCCGGACUCGCGGCCAUCGCAUGGGGCGCCGCGCGAUACACGCAGAGAGUGGACGCGAAAGACUGGCUGUGGCCCAGCGGCCAGGUCGUAAACGCCUGGUGGUCGGCAAUUGGACGACGCCUUGCUCAAGGAUUGACCGUGUCCCAGGCCUUCAGUCGACUGUCAUGGCACGAGCGCCUCAUACUUUCGGGAGUCACGCUCUGGGGCGGUCGCUUGUUCUACCGCGUCGCCCGUCGUUCGAUUGACCGAGGGAAGGAUGAUGCACGAUACGAUGAGGCCAAGAAGGACGAAGGCUUCUGGAACUCGGCCUUGUGGAAGGUGUUUCUUCCAGAGGCCUUCUUCCAGAUGCUGAUCAGCUUGCCUUUUACCGCCCCCUUUCGACAUGAGGGGGCUGUCUUGACGGGCUACCACCCAAACAUCCAGAUGCUAGCCGUUGGACUGUUCUCUUCUGGUCUGGCAAUGGAGACACUAGCCGACUACCAGCUCGAUCAGUACAAAGCUGAGGGCGGGAAGGGUAUCCUGCGGGAGGGCGUCUGGAGUAUUGUUCGCAACCCCAACUACCUCGGCGAUGCUCUCGUGCACAUUUCCUUCAUCGUUCUGCUGUACGGCUCCGACAUGCUCGCCCCCAUCGAACUUCUCGGACCGCUCGCAAACUACGCCUUCCUGCGCUUCUUCGGCGGCGACGCAGAGAAAGAGAAACAUCAAACGCGCCGGUAUUCUGCCUCUCAGCCUGAGAAGUUUGCUGAGCUCGAGCAGUUCCGUCACGAGAAGAACGCCUUCUGGCCCACUGCGCAGGAGUUGAGCAACAAAUGGUUGUGGACUGUCAUUGGCAUUGGUGGGCUUGGUGUCGCAGUUGAGCAGACCCUCAGGACUUUGCACUAG